AUGCAUGCCCCUCGAAAACGACAAAAAGUCUCCUCGGCUUGUGAAAGAUGUCAUAAGCGGAAACUCGGGUGUGAUCCCAUCCGACCCUGUCAUUUAUGCCAUCGCGCGGGUGUGCCUUGUAUCUCUCGACAUGGACCAGGUACAGCAUUCCCGCGUCACACUAAUAACCAGACGGACAAUCCAAAUCCACCGAAAAUUCCAAACCAAGAGGACGAGCCGGUCAUUCUCCCUGAAAGCAGUAUUAUGGAUGUGAGCACGAGAUUAUGCUUGGGGCAAAAACUAGUUGUCGGCGUGGAAUAUGAUACUUCGGCUUUACCAGGAGGCAGGAAAGUGCCAAGCGCAUUUUCACCCCAAAAUGUUCCGUGGCGAGAUGCUAUUGGGAUAUCAUUGCCCCCGAAGCAGUCUCUAGACUCUCUAGUUGACACCUUUUUCUCGACCGUUGAUUGGUUUAUGAUGGUCUUUCACGAAGAGGAUUUCCGACGACGAUAUGAAGAAUUGAUGAUCUCGACCUAUGUGUCAUCGCUGGAAGAUAACAAUAAUCUUUGGAUUACGUUACUAGUCCUAGGUCUCGGGGCUCAUUAUUCGUCACUCGCGAAACGAGAGUCUCGCGAGAAAUCCCACAUGCAACAGCUUUCUGGAGAUAUCAUCAAGCAGGUUGAACAACGAUUUUUGAGAAUCAUGAGCUCGGCAGAUGAAGAGGCCGUCCAAAUAUGCGUUCUACUGGGGAGCUUCUACCUUUUCAAUGGUCGUCCCACCGCCGGACUUGGAAUCCUUGGAAGCGGCAUUAAGAUUGCCCAGGUUCUUCGAUUACACCGAGAAGGCUCGCUUACGGGCAUCUCGAUGACUCGUUUAGAAACUCGUAGGCGUUCGUGGUUGGCGCUAGAGGUUUUUGAUAAAUAUGCAGCAAUUGCAUUUGGACGACCUUGCACUGUUGACGAUUCUGACUGCGAUGUCGAUACGGUAUCAAAUGUCAAGACCAACAUCGAGGAGCAACCUCGGCAGGCAGCGCAACUAGAUUACCAUCGAUGGAAAUUUCGACUGUAUCGCAUCGUGGGCCCUUUUCUAGCGCGAAGGCACCAAAAAAGUCGACCUGAAUCGGUCCAGAGCAUUCACGCACAACUCACGUCGUGGAAAAGACAAUUGCCCGAAAACCUACGACUAGAAAGGUAUAAGAACAAAAGUACACUGCAGGCCCCGUCCCUACUGCAAAUGCAAGCACUCGCUCUCCAGUUGACAUAUGACAACAUUCAAAUCAUUCUCCACCGCAGCCUUGCCUUUGGGUCAGGUUCUCAAAUCUCCAAUACGGACCGCUCACCUGAUGAUCUACCAAGGUCUGCUCUGUCCCGAAAGCAACUUUUCGAAUCCGCGCUUCGAACAUCUCAAUUGAAUGAGUAUAGUCAUGCGCUACACGCAUGUGGGAAAACUCAUGCCGCCAUGCAUGUCGGAAUAUGCCUUUUUACUGCCGGUGUAGUUCUGUGCGCUUUUGCGAUUUCGGAACCUCUGUCAGCCACCAGUGAAGCGGCGAAGAAUGGCGUGAUGAACAUUUUACGUUUUCAACAUGAUCCCAUCUUGAAUGAACACCUUCUUUCGGCACAGAGUGUGAAGAUACUCGAGGAUCUGGUGACUGUCUUAUUGCGCUCUGAACACCGUGUGAUUCGGGGUGAUGAUCCGAUCAUCUCUCAACCCAUCGCGCAAACUACAAAUGAAGAAGAGAUUCAGACCCGCGGACUGAACACGAAUACACACGAAUCAAGUGUGUCUGCAGACAGUCGGCUCGAUCAUGCAAACUCCAUGAUUGUACCGGAAGGAUUCCCCGAUUUCCAAGAGCCCUCUGCAACUAUUCCAAGGGAAACCAGAGACGGGACAUUUGAUGGAACGAACUUUUCAGUCGGCCCCGAACUAGAUUUGCUUUCGAUGGAUUCGACGGCUGGAUUAAUGUGGACCGGAGGCAACCCAUACUUUGUCGAUCCUAGUUUUGCUGAUGCUAGUCAGCUGUGGUUAUGGUCUAGUAACCCAGAUGUGCAACCAUUCUUAGACUAG